CGGAAGGCAGCCGAGGCGCAUUUGCUUUAUUUCUAGGUUUGUUCUGCGCCCCUGUGUUUCAAAUGAAGGUUUAUCUUUAAUCGCUGGGUGACGGACUUGAAGGAAAACAAUGUACGGUUGUUCUUUUUUUUUUUUUUUUACAAAAAAGCGCUCAUUUGCUGCACUUCAUAUCUGUAAGCAAGGACACGCCCGCGUCCAUCUUAACUCGUGCUCCAGCUUUUCGCCUCUCGCAAUUACGAUACGCAGGCGGCAUUUAUUCGUAACCAAUCGAUCAGACAUUCCAUUCCUCAUUCGUUUCCUUUCGCUUCCAGGUGGGUACACGCAGCGUCAGAGAGUGCCGCCGAGCUGGGUCAGGAGCUACGACGACGAGAAGGUUCACAGCUACACCUUCGGGAUGUACGACGUCGACCCGAACUCGUUCAAGAUCGGCAAGAUGGCCAACGGCGAGGAGACGUACGUGUGCAUGGUGGCGCUGGAGUUCGCGAACAACGAGACCCUGCUGGCGAACAGGAGGCUGCGCGAGGUGACCCACAUGCCUGGCUACAGCUCCCUGGAAAGCGGCCUGUGCCACGCCUUCUUUCUCGGUCCCAGCCUGGUGUUUCCGCCGCUCACCGUGCUCACAGCCGCCGUCUUCCGCCACAUCAUUUCCACGGGUGUCUACUCGUACCACUGGGAGCCUCUCCCACCAGACCCCACGCAGAACCAGCUCGUAAAGUUUGAAAACUUCGAGCAAUACUUCAUCCACAACGACCCGCAGCUAGAGUGGGGCAAAGUCGAUUACUCCGUGGUCUUGGCCCGAAUCCACUACCAGAACAACUACUUGCCGGGCCUCCAAAUCUACAACGACACCUUACAGAAAAGCGACACCUUCUACUGCCUCCUGGAUGGUCGAGUGUUUAGCGUCCAAGAUAAGAACGCCCUGUACGCUGUUCGCAAGGGCCACUCGGGAGGACGCUAGGCGCCUCCCCGGUUCACGCCUCUUCGCGAAUGACUGUGCGAGGCUGCCUUGUUUAGUCGGGAUUAAAUUGCUGCAUUCAGUGCAA